UGAAACCUCCUCACUUCCUCCCUGUGAGGUUUCCUUUGACACUCUCUGUGGGGAACUUUAAUGCUGAGAUUUGAUAUCUGAAACCAAUAAAACAGAGACAAAGAUGGCUUUUUGGUGCGGCAGACUCACUCAAUCUAAGCUCAGGCAAUUAGCCCAUCAUAUUAAGAUCAUUCCUUAUGCUUCUUCUUCUUCUCUGCUGAACCCAACUGUUUCCAUACCAUGCGUUUCAGACAACCCAUUGAUGUAUCUCCCUGGUUGUCGUCAAGUUAGGUUUUUUGCUGCUCCUGUUCAGGCAAAUGGAAAUGCAAAGAAGGCAGAGCAGGGCUUGGGUGGUCCGAGGCUGAGUGAGCAUAUUGAAGCCGAUGUUAUUAGGCUUGUUGUGGGUGAAGAACAUUUUGUCAUGUCAAAGAGUGAAGCCGUGCAACGUGCAAGGAAACUUGAGAUGGAUUUAGUUGAGGUUCAACACUCAAGUAAUCCUCCUGUUUGUAAAAUCAUGGAUUACCACAAAGAGAGGUAUAAACAAGUACUAAGGGAGAAAGAGCGAAUUAAAAUUAAGUCUAAGGAAGUUAAGACUUUGCGUUCAGACACUAAGGAAGUCAAGUUUUCACCAAAGACUGAGGCAAAGGAUCUCAAGAUGAAAGGAGACAGGGUGAUAAAAUUUAUGGACAAGGGUUACCGAGUGAAGUGUACUGCCUCGGAUUCUGAAGGUCGGAACUUGGAUGCAGUUUUCUCUGGUCUCAUUGCGCUGAUAGAAGACACAGCGUGUAUUGAAUGUGAUCCUACUGUAGGAAGAGGAAAAGAGUCGUAUAUAAUGGUCAGGCAUGUGAAGUUCGGUCCACCAAAGGCUGGCGUGAAGAAAAAGGCUGAAGAGAAAAAGAAACCUGAGAAUGCUAGUGAUGAUGGUGUUGGGGUUACAACAACAGCAGACACAGUUCGACUCCCUCCGCAUGAAUCUUCUGGUAUGGCAGCUGAGAUUUCACCAACAAGAGAAAUGGAUAGUAAGAAAGGAAUUCCACAUAAGGGCGAGGCCCAACUUCCCUAUCAAAGUAGGGAAAUCCCAAUUCCACAUUUCUCACCAUCAAUGAGAGAGCAGCAGAUUCCUUAUCAAAGAAGAGAAGCACCAACAGACGUGCUUUCCUCAUCGCCAGCGAGAGAUACCAACAGAGCUACUCCAUCGGCAUUUAGAAACUCUGCUCCUCUUCCUAAAGGUGUUCCCAAGCAAGAACCACGUAGUUCUAAUCCUCCCAGCCCUGCAGGGCCCAAGCAAGAAUCAUUAAGUAGUCGUAUUCCUCUUCGGUCUCGUUCUCCAGGAGGACCUGGACUUGGUUAUGGGAUAUUUAGCAACUCAACAGGCAAUAGUUCUGCGAAAGAUGUACGGGAUAGGUUUCCGGAAAAUCCAAACUCACCGAGUUCAAGACCUUAUAGCAGCCAAAGACCAGGAACAGACACUGAUAACCCACCAAACUAA